AGCGACCCGGACGCACCCAGCUUCGACCUCGAGACGGACCUCAAGGCGUACGAGAAGCGAAAAGGGCCCCGUCUCUCGCCGGGUGAGCGACGACGACGACGAGGAGGAGGGACGAGUCGCUUCUCUCGGCAGUGUUUUUCUCGUCCCUCGGCCACCGUCCUCGGUUUACUUCCAGUACCCUUCUAGCAGCAAUGGCUCCCUCCGUCGUCUCCGCCAAGAAGCAGACCAAGGUCAAGGUCGCCCCGACCAAGUUCGUCAUCGACUACUCGGGCCCGGCCAACGACAAGAUCUUCGACGCCGCUGCGUACGAGAAGUUCCUCGUCGACCACAUCAAGGUCGAGGGCAAGACUGGCCAGCUCGGCGACGACGUCAAGCUCCAGCGUGAGGGCUCGGGCAAGCUCUCGGUCACCUCGACCGUCCCCUUCUCCAAGCGCUACCUCAAGUACCUCACCAAGAAGUUCCUCAAGAAGAACCAGAUGCGUGAGUGGCUCCGUGUCGUCUCGACCGACAAGUCGACCUACACCCUCCGCUUCUACAACCUCUCGUUCGACCAGGAGGCCGAGGCCCAGGACUAAAUUGCUUCUCGCGAGUUGCAAUUGUGCCCUUACCCCCACC